AGAGAAAAGCGGUCUACAUUUUCGCGACGUGACACUGCACAAUUAAUGUUAAACUACCGAUCUAACAAUAUUAACAAUUGCCCGCGUCACGCUCGCAGUCGUGGCCACACGUGCAGCGGUGGAGAGUGGGAGAACUGGAAGGGUUUGUGCGAGUUGCUGAGUGGCUGAGUGAUUAGCCUCCCCACGGCUUCCCUGUGUGCUGGGUUGGGGUGGCCCUCGCCCCGAGUCUCUCGCAUUGCAGCUCGCCGACUCGGACACGGAGAGAGCCAUGAAGGUGGCGGUGGCAGGCUGCUGCCACGGGCAGCUCGACAAGGUGUUCGCCACGCUGGAGCACAUGGAGCGCGUGGAGGGCGUGCACGUUGACCUGCUGCUCUGCUGUGGAGACUUCCAAGCGGCACGCGACGAGACCGACCUGCAGUGCAUGGCCGUGCCAGCCAAGUACCGGCACAUGCACAGCUUUCACAAGUACUAUUCUGGUGCACAAAAGGCCCCGGUGUUGACCAUCUUCAUUGGUGGUAACCAUGAGGCCUCGAACCAUUUACAAGAAAUUCCAUAUGGUGGUUGGGUGGCACCAAACAUUUACUACCUGGGAUAUGCUGGAAUUGUUAAGUAUGGCAGCCUGAGGAUAGGGGGCCUCUCAGGAAUUUACAAUGUCCACAACUAUUGCAAAGGUCAUUAUGAGUUCCCGCCAUACAACAAUGAUACAGUCAGAAGUGUCUACCAUGUGAGAAGUUGUGAUGUUAUCAAACUGAAGCAGAUUCAGCAGCCAUUGGACGUGUUUCUCUCUCACGACUGGCCCCGUGGGAUCUACAACUAUGGGCAGCGCGAGGAGCUCCUGCGGCGCAAGCGCUUCCUACGAAAUGAGGUGGAAGCAAACUCCCUCGGCAGCCCAGCCGGUGCCCAGCUGCUCCACCACCUGCGCCCCACCUUCUGCAGAGGUUUGGUGAUGCCGAACCCAAGGUUACAAAAUUCCUGGCCUUGGACAAGUGCCUACCUCAGAGAGAUUUCCUGCAGGUUGGCAGAGCAUGCUGUAACCAAAAUACACGCCAAGCAUGAGACAUUCACAACUUUGCAAACAAAAAAAUAUAAAGUCACAAGCCAAUCGGUUUUCAUGACAAAGUUCUCUCGGAUUGUUGUCUGCAAUCAGGUUGUCGAGAUGUUACACGACCCAGAGGUUCCUCUGCAGCUGGAGUAUGAUUCCGAGUGGCUCGCAAUACUGAAGACCAUGGACCACUUAAUCAACGUGUCUCCUGAGAUACAUGCUCCUUCACUCAAGACAGAGAAUCAUCUGAGACAUAAUUAUACUUUGACAAAGGAAGCCAUUGCCACGGCCCUCAGUUCCCUUGGUCGAGAUCUUCGUGUGCCACAGAAUUUUGCGAAGACAGUUCCUGACUAUGGCCCUCACAAACCCAGAGCACAGGAUCCCAAGCACGCUGUGAAUCCUCAGACAACUGUGUUCUGUGCCGCACUGGGUAUCAGAGAUCCCAACGUAGUACUUAACCCGGAACUGAGUACAGUGCUUAAAGAGCCCCAUACGGGCAUUGUGGGAAAAUCAGUGAACAAUAUGGAGAUGCACGACCAGAAAAGUGAACUUGAAAGUCGUGAUGGUAAAGUCUGUGAAUGUGUUUGCCUUAAACAACAAAGUGGCAUUAUUUGCAGCACUAAUGAAGAUGCAAAUGACAUACUCGGAGAAUCCCCACCAAGAGCAUGACACGGUAAAAUGUGGUUGUGGCAGAAAUACAUUAUUAAACAAAGAAGAAAUACAUUUUAAAGUAGGCUGUGGAUAAUAAAAUUUAGGAUGGUGAUGAAAGUGUGGAGGAAGUUGUUGAUUAUUAUAAUCUAUGAAUGUAAAGUGCAGUUCAAAACACACUCCCUGUGAGUCCAUAGUAUCUGCUGCUUUAUUUGAAAAUAAGAAUGUGGGAACAAUCACGAUUUUUUGUCCUUUGUUAAUAGACAUCUGCCUUGACCGAAGAGACUUCUUGAAAAUGGCAGAAAUGCUGCAUGAUGCAAGAUGUAUGAGCAAAGACAGUCAUGAGUAUCUAACUUAACUCCGUAGAUGGGUGGUGAGUUUCCAGAGAGAGCUGUGCAGGAUUACAGAAGAUAUCUUAAGGAAAAAAAAUACUGCUUACACAGAUAUCUGCAACAGCAUGGCAAUAAAUCAUGUUUUAUAAUAGAAUUAAAGUAGAACCUGGAAAUACAGUCGUCUCUCAUACAGCAUCUAAAUAUACGGAAUUUUACUAUAAUGUAAUUUAUAAUUUAUGGGACGAAUUUCAUAUACGUUGCGUUAAAUUUGGAUUCACGGAAUUUUUGUUAUCUCUAAAUUGUGUUUUUCUUUGGGGGGUGGGGUGAACAAUGGAUAGUGUCGUUUGAGCGUGCAUUUAAUGCUUCAGCGGUCGUCUGGAAAGCUGUUCCAAUAUUGAGGAAGCCACUGAAGUUAUGCAAUUUUAAAUCGAGAUUGAAAACUAAUUUCUUUAAAACUGCUUUUCAGCAGACACACAUACAUAUGCUGCUCCACGUGGUUUGCGUGGCACGCUUUUCAUCCUGUGCUAAUUACCUGAGCUCGCCGUGCUGCCCAAGCUCGGUUUGGACAGCACGGCGUACUGUGCACCAUUUCACAAUUAUUUCAAUGUUCUUCAGUUCAAGUAAGCUAAGAUGUCGUUUAUGGAGGUCAUGAAGUGAAAGUGAUAGCAGAAUUGCAAAAAAAGAGACCUUGGAUGUAAGUCCUGUAUAGUAUUGUUUUUCCGCUAUUUACGUUCAGUUGUUACUCGUAUUAUAUAAUACUUGAUUUUACAUUCAACGUGCUGAAAAAUGUUUGCUACAUUCUGAAGUGUGACUAUAUCUUGAAGCCUAAUUUCUUUCCGUCAAAACGCAUCUUCCAAAUAUAUAAUGGCAGUCGAUGGGGAAACAGCGUUCGAUAUCCAGAAUUUUUAAUGCACUAGUGGCCACGGGAGGUAAUGACAGGGGAGUCAGUUGUGAGUGCGAAGGGACUGGUGGCUACGGGAAUGAUCGUGGUCAGGUGACGGAAGAGGACGGUGGAGUCUGCCGGUGGGAGCGAGCGUCCAGAGUCGACUAGAAUUAUCGAGAAGGGGGGGUGUGGCCUCGGUCUAUGUAAGGGAGAUGCGCAGGAGACUCGGGGCUGUUGCA